AUGGUCCUCUGGCCCUUCCUGCAGGUUCUGGCCCGGGAUCCUACUUCACUGUCCCAAGACGCCCGGUCACCUGCGCGCUCCUCCCCCCACCCGACUGGCCGGCUUCCCGGGGUCGUCCUCUUCCAUCGCUUCCUCCUUCCGGGCCGCCCUGGUCCUGCUCACCCUCAUCACCAGCCUGCACCAGCUGGUCCUUCCUCACCCUUCCACGAAGAGCCCGGGAACAUCCACAUGGGGUUACUAGCUCAGAGCCGUCGCGACCUGUCGUCUGACUUGUCCACAAACCUCACAAACCAGGAGUGCACUCCUGUGAUCUCGGAACAGGAGUUCGAGGUCAUCCUCAGCUCGACGGACACAGGCCUGUACCACCGCUACCUCCAGGAGGUCAUCAAUGUCAUAGAGACAGACGGGCACUUCCGGGAGACACUGCAAGCUGCCAACUCGGAGGACAUCAAGCUGUUUGCUGGCAGCUCCUUGGCACUGGUCGCCAGGCAGUGUCGCAGGGGCUUGUACCUAGCGGAGACACUGGGGAGCCCUGGAGUGCUAUUAAACAAAAAGAAGGAGGAGCUUGGGGAACUUUCCCCGCCUCUGGGCGGCCGGCUGCGCCUGCGCCGCGAGCUGGCGGGGGAGACAGAGGGCGUCUGGACGUCACAGGUUUUUCCUCUCCGUUCGAUGGCUGGCCACAUCCAGUACUGGCCAUUCUCAGCCUCCGACCUCUACAACUGGAAAACUCAUAAGCCCUCUUUUUCCCAAGACCCCCAAGCGCUGACUGGGCUGACUGAGUCCAUUUCUGACCACCAGCCUGUCUGGGAGGACUGUCAACAGCUUUUGCAGACCCUUCUCACCACGGAGGAGAGACAGCGCGUCUUCCUGGAAGCCCCCAAAAAUGUGCCGGGAGACGACAGCAGACCCUCUCAGCUGCCCAAUGAGAUGGACGAGGCUUUCCCCCUGACUCGUCCUGACUGGGACUUCAACACCGUGGCCGGUAGGGAGCGACUUCGUCUCUAUCGCCAGAUUCUCCUGGAGGGUCUCAAAGGGGCGGGCAGGCGCCCCACCAAUUUGGCUAAGGUAUGUGCUAUAACUCAAGGAUCAGAGCAGACCCCCGCAGGUUUCUUAGAAAGAUUGAUGGAGGGAUACCAUAUGUAUACGCCCCUCGACCCUCAAGUGCCAGACUUGCAGGCUGAGGUGAUAAUGUCCUUCAUUGGACAAUCGGCUCUGGACAUCCGCACUAAGCUACAUCGACUGGAGGGGCUGCAAGGGUAUACAUUGCAAGAUCUAGUUAAGAGGGCAGAAAAGAUUUUUAACAAGAGAGAGACACCAGGAGAGAGGGAGGAGAGGAUUCGCAGAGAACAGGAACAUAGAGAGGACCAGAGAGAUAAAAAGAGAAACAAGGAACUCACUAGAAUCUUGGCCACCGUAGUAACAGGCACAGAGCAGAGAAGGCCUAGGCAGAGUAGAAACCUGGGGGACAAACGGAGGCCGCGAGUGGAUCGCGAUCAAUGUGCUUACAGUAAGGAGAGAGGACACUGGGUGAGAGAUUGCCCAAACAGAGGUCAACAAGGGAAACCACACAAGCCUGUUCCGGUGCUAUCGUUGGAAGAAGACUAGGGGAGUCAGGACCAGGAGCCCCCCCCCCAGCCCUGGGUAACCCUUGAAGUGGGGGGCCAACCAGUGACCUUCCUGGUUGAUACCAGAGCACAGCACUCGGUCCUCACCCAGGCCAAGGGACCCCUCUGUUCCAAAACAUCAUGGGUCCAGGGGGCCACUGGAAGGUUAUACAGAUGGACGACUGAACGGAGAGUCCACCUAUCCACGGGUCAGGUCACCCACUCGUUCCUGCUGGUGCCAGACCGUCCAUACCCACUGUUAGGAAGAGACCUCCUCUCAAAAGUGGGGGCCCAGAUCCACUUCCAUGAGAAAGGGGCUUCAGUUGCUAGCCCUGGGGGGCAGCCCCUCCAAGUGCUGGCCCUACGUUUGGAAGAUGAACACCAUUUACAUAAAGGGCCCCGGCACCAACUUCCCCAAUGGACCCUCAAUGGCUUGCUAAGUUCCCCUCGGCCUGGGCAGAGGCUGCAGGUAUGGGGCUCGCUAUCCAACAGCCACCCCAAUAAUAAACUUGAAACCCUCAGCUGCUCCAGUAUCUAUCCGCCAGUACCCCAUGGCUAGGGAGGCAAAAGGUGGAAUCCGGCCCCAUAUACAAAGGCUGUUACAGUUAGGCAUUUUGAAACCCUGUCAAUCGCCAAGGAAUACCCCCUUACUGCCAGUUUAAAAGCCCGGCACCAAUGACUAGAGGCCAGUUCAGGACUUAAGGGAAGUGAACCGGAGGGCUGAGGACAUUCAUCCUACCGUGCCUAAUCCCUACAAUCUGCUCAGCACCUUGCUGCCAGGUCACAUCUGGUAUACGGUGCUUGACUUAAAGGAUGCAUUCUUCUGUCUGAGGCUUAGCCCUCAGAGUCAGCCCCUCUUUGCCUUUGAAUGGAAAGACCCAGAAACUGGGUUCUCAGGGCAGCUGACAUGGACGAGGCUGCCCCAAGGGUUUAAAAAUUCCCCUACUCUGUGUGAUGAGGCCUUACAUCAGGACCUGGCUGAUUUCCGAGUAAAUCAUCCAAGCUUGACCCUCCCCCUCCAACCUGCCCCUGGCAGCCGAGACUGAACAGGAAUGCCUCAAAGGUACUGGGGCCCUGUUGGAAAGACUGGGGGAGUUGGGGUGCAGAGCCUCGGCCAAGAAAGCCCAGAUCUGUCAGCAACAGGUGACCUACCUGGGGUAUCUCCUGAAGGGGGGUCAGAGAUGGUUGACGGAGGGGCGCAAACAGGCUGUGGCCCUGAUAGCUCCACUCACGAGUGCCCGGAAGUUGAGAGAGUUCCUGGGAAGUGCUGGCUUCUGCCGCCUCUGGAUACCGGGGUUCGCUGAGAUGGCAGCUCCACUGUACCCCCUCACAAAAGCCAACAUCCAUUUCACUUGGGGGAAAAGAGAACAGCAGGCUUUUGACGACAUAAAAAGGGCCCUGCUGUCAGCCCCGGCACUGAGCCUCCCGGACAUGGCCGAGCCUUUCACCCUGUACGUAGAUGAACAUAAUGGAGCGGCAAAAGGGGUCCUGACUCAAAAACUGGGCCCAUGGAAGAGACCAGCAGCCUACUUUUCCAAGAAACUGGACAAUGUGGCCGUCGGCUGGCCCCAUGCCUCCACAUGGUAGCAGCAGCAGCCUCCCUAGUGAAAGACUCAGACAAACUCACCCUAGGACAACCCCUCAUGGUGGUGGCCCCCUUGCCAUAGAGACAGCAAUUCGGCAACCCCCAAAUGGUGGCUCUGAAAUGCCCGGGUCACCCAUUAUCAGGCUGUGUUACUAAACCCCGAACGGAUUUGGUUCAGGACAGCCUCCUCCCUCAAUCCAUCCACCUUGCUCCCUGAGACGGGACCCGAGUCCCAGGUACAGGACGACUGUCAUCAAGUCCUGGCCGAAGCCCAUGGCCCCCGAAAAGAUCCGACAGACCAGCCUGUGCCCGAUGCUGACCACACCUGGUACACAGAUGGGAGCAGCUUCUUACACCAAGGUGAGUGAAGAGCAGGAGCGGCUGUGGUGGAUGGAACCUCCAUCAUCUGGGCGUCGGCCCUGGCACCUGGAACCUCCACUCAAAAGGCUGAGCUUGUGGCCCUAACCCAAGCAUUGAAGGCAGUGCAAGGCAAGAAAGUCAACAUUUACACCAAUAGUGGUUACGCCUUUGCCACUGCACAUAUCCAUGGGGAGAUAUAUCGGAGGAGGGGCCCGCUGACCUCCGCCGGCAGAGACAUUAAAAAUAAACAGGAGAUUCUUGAUCUCCUACAAGCCCUCCACCUGCCAAAGAAACUGAGCAUUAUUCACUGCCCGGGUCACCAGAAAGGAGAAAGCCCCGUGGCUCGGGGAAAUAGGAUGGCAGAUGAAACAUCGAGGGCUGCAGCCUUAGAGAAGCAGGUGCUCCUACUGCAGGCACCAGAGACGCAGUCUACACCUCCAGGAUUUGAAUACUCAGAUGAGGACGUAGAUAUGAUGAGCAGGCCAGGGUCUGGAGGUUCCAGGACAAGGCGGUCCUGCCACGGAAGAUGGCCAGGGAACCAGUGGCCGACCUUCACAGGUGGACUCUCCUGGGACACAGGAAACUCAAGACCCUACUAGAAAGGGAGGAACAGUUCUUUUUCAUACCUAGACUAGACUCUCUGGUCAGACAAACCACAGGAUCCUGUGUCCCCUGCGCCAAGGUGAACGCAGGCCACCUCAAACUACCAGAAGGAGCCAGAAUGCGAGGAGCAUGACCAGGCACAAACUGGGAGAUUGACUUCACUGAAAUUCGCCCACGCAGGUGUGGAGCCAGGUAUCUCCUAGUCUUUAUAGACACCUUCUCCGAAUGGACAGAAGCAUUCCCCAGAAAGCGGGAGACUGCCCAAGUGGUGGUUAAGAAGAUCCUGGAAGACAUCUUUCCCCGUUUCGGCCUACCUAAGGUACUAGGGUCAGGCAAUGGCCCUGCCUUCGUCUCCCAGGUAAGUCAGUUGGUGGCCAAGGUAUUGGGGAUAAAUUGGAAAUUACACUGCUCUCAUAGGACCCAAAGCUCAGGACAGGUAGAGCGUAUGAACAGGACAAUUAAAGAAACCUUGACUAAAUUAGCAUUGGAGACUGGCGCUAGAGACUGGGUGGAGCUCCUACCGAUGGCCCUGUUCCGGGUUCAGAACACCCCUCCUCCUUUUGGGCUGACACCAUAUGAAAUCCUCUAUGGGGGGCCUCCCCGAUAGCAGACCUGCUGGGGCCUGACAUUGAUUCUUUUACUACAUCUCCCAGCCUACAGGUCUGGCUGAGGGCCCUACAGCUGAUCCAGAACCAAGUCUGGAAGCCCCUGGCAACGGUGUACCAGUCCAAGAGUCUGGUGGUGCCUCAUCCUUUCCAGAUUGGAGACUCGGUCUAUGUCCGCAGACAUCAGUCCAGGACCCUCAAACCUCGCUGGAAGGGGCCAUAAACUGUGCUGCUGACCACUCCGACUGCCGUUAAGGCAGACGGGAUCUCUGCCUGGAUCCACGCCUCACAGGUCAAGCCAGCGCCAUCGGAGGACGGCGAGAAUCCAGAUGAGCCACACAGAUGGAAGCUCCAGCGUACCCAAAACCCACUCAAGAUAAGACUUCUAAAGACUGGAUGAUGGCCCUGACUAUGUUCCUGCCCCUCACGCUUCCCUCAGCCCUGGGACGUCCCCACAAUCCUCAUGCCCCUUAGAAGUUGACUUGGCAGGUGUCAUCAGCAAAUGGUGAUGUCAUCUGGUCCACAACCCAUACAGCCCCGCCGUGGACCUGGUGGCCCUCCUUGUACCCCGAUCUAUGUCUCUUGGCUGCAGGACUGGACUCCUGGGAUGUCCCUGAGAUAGACUCUACAUCCCCACCUAAACCAGAGUCCAAGGGCCAAUGCCCAGGUGCAGGAUAUGUGUGAGGCGAGGGUAUGUGUGCAGUCAUCCCCAGUACCGGGCGGAGCUCCACACCAAGGGUGUGUAUGCCUGCCCCCGAAAUGGAAGGUCCAGGUCAGAGAUCCGCCGGUGCGGAGGGGCAAAUAGUUUUUUCUGCAAAGAAUGGGGUUGUGAAAUGACUGGGGAUACCUAUUGGAAGCCCAGAUCUUCUUGGGAUCUAAUAACACUCACUAAGGGGCGCCUGGGCGCAGGACUCACAAAAGAUCAUUGCCAAAUGCACUAUGGACUCAACACAGGUAUCUGGACCGGGAAAGGACCUUGUACUAACUUUACCUGCAAUCCAUUUAACAUCAGCUUCACUGUAAGGGCAAGGAAAAUCGAACUUGGGUAAAAGGGAGCCAAUGGGGAAUCCGGGUCUAUGCGGCACGCUUUGAUGAUGGGCUCCUACUAACCAUCAGACUAAAAAUAGAGCCCCCCCCUUGCCACUGGGGCCUAACCCAGUCCUGACCAAUCAAGGCCCGGCUUCCCGGCCAGCCCUGCCCCCACCUUCCCCAAUGGGGGGGGCCCGAGGGAACCACCCCAGAAUCACCCUCGCUGCCGCCCCCUAUGGAGCAGAGGCUGUUGAACCUGAUUCUUGGGGACUUUCUUGCCCUCAACCAGACUGACCCGGGGCAGACUAACUCUUGCUGGCUAUGCUUAGCUUCAAGCCAUCCCUGUUAUGAAGGGGUAGCUAUAAUGGGAACCCAUAACAAUACCACUAGUGCUAAUUCAUGCCAUAGCACCCCACCUUCCCUUACCCUGACUGAGGUCUCAGGCAGGGCACCUGCAUAGGUAACCCACCCCACUCCCAUCGGAAGCUCUGUAAUUCCACCACCCCCAUCCCAAAUACAUCCUUCUAUCUGGUGUCCCUCCUGGGAUACGGUGGGCAUGCAACAAAGGCCUCACCCCCUGCAUAUCCACUCAGGUUUUAAAAGACACAAAUGAUUUCUGUGUUAUGGUACAGUAAUGCCUAGAAUACUUUAUCAUGGUGGGGGGGAGGUUUCUAGAAAACCACUAUGAUCCACACCUUACCUGCUACCGGAGGGAACCUAUAUCCCUCACCCUAGCUGUCAUGCUGGGGUUAGGGACGGCAACUGGAGCUGGGACAGGGACUGCUGCCCUGGUCAGCGGAAACCGACAAUAUUGGGCCCUUCAAACAGCAGUCGAUGAGGAUCUGCGGACGCUAGAACAGUCCGUCUCCAAAUCAGAGCAGCUGCUCACCCCACUCUCGGAGGUCGUGUAGCAGAACAGGCGAGGAUCAGACUUAUUGUUUCCUAAGGAAGGGGGCCGAUGUGCUGCACUAGGCAAAGAAUGUUGCUUUUAUGCAGAUCAUUCUGGGAUAGUCAGGGACUCCAUGACUAAGCCGAGAGAAAGGCCUAACAAGAGACCAAGAGACCGAGAGAGUCAGCAGGGAUGGUUCGAGGGAUGGUUCAACAGGUGCCCCUGGUCUCCACAUUGUGGGACCCCUAAUCAUUCUCCUCCUACUCCUGACCUUCGGCCCCUGUAUUCUGAACAGGCCACUCCAAUUCAUCAGUGACAGACUAUCUAUCACCCAAGCAUUGGUGCUGACCCAACAGUACAGGGCCCAGCAUACUAUUGAUAGCUUGCCCUAAAAUUUAAAGAUUUAAAUUGGUCCAAAGUUAAAGGGGGGGAUGAAAGAGUUGAACAUUAGAAAAAAGAACGAGCCUCAGUCUCAGACCCUCAACCCCUCAAACUCAGCAGAACAUUAGAAAAGAGGAACGAGCCUCGGUCUCAGACCCCCCAAACCCUCAGCCUCAGCAGAAAUAUUCUUGUGAUAUUUCUUAUGGCAUCAGCAGAAUGAUCUUGUGACAUUAUCUGGGUCUGGCAGAACAUCCUGUGGCUAUUCUAGGAAGAAAAGCAGCUCCCAUGGAAAGUCCCCAUAGCUGUACACCCCUCCCCAGUACUGAUUUUUAAACUAGCCAAUCAUGUAUUGCCCCAAAUGCUAUGCUAAUAUGUUUUUCGCCUUUAAAAGAUGCCUGCAAUUAUUGUUCAGGGCUCCUCUCACUGAAUUGUGUAGGGGGGUCCAUUUGCGCAAAAUA